AUGCAGAUGUAUCUACAAGCUCAGCAAAAGAACGGUAUUGUUGCCUGGCUAUCCAUUCUGCAACUUUUAAUACACGUUCCAUUGUCCUGGCUAUUUGUCAACCAUUUGAACUGGGGAGUUGAUGGGGCAAUGGGUGCGCUAUGCAUAUCAUCCUGGUUUGUCGUGUUUGGAGAAUGUGCCUACAUAUUUGGUGGAUGGUGCCCUCACACAUGGUCAGGAUUCAGCACGGCUGCUUUCAAGGAUAUAUUUCCUGUAAUAAAGCUCUCAAUAUCCUCUGGCGUUAUGGUUUGCUUGGAGUUAUGGUACAAUUCUAUUCUAGUCUUAUUGGCCGGAUACAUGAGUAAUGCAGAGGUUGCUAUAUCUGCCUUUUCUAUUUGCCUUAACAUCAAUGGAUGGGAAUUCAUGAUUUGCCUCGGCUUCCUUGGUGCUGCAUGCGUACGAAUUGCAAACGAGCUCGGGAGAGGAGAUGCUAAAGCUACAAAAUUUUCUAUCAAAGUCCUAAUAACUACUUCGAUAGUGAUUGGUGUAUUCUUUACUAUUAUUUGCUUGGUCUUUGGAAACAAACUUGGAUACUUAUUUACAAACGAUGUGGAAGUUGCAAAGACCGUGUCAGAUCUUUCGCUUCUACUUGCGAUCUCUGUGUUGCUCAAUAGCAUAUAUCCAGUACUCUCAGGGGUGGCAGUAGGAGCGGGUUUGCAAGGCACAGUUGCAAUUAUCAACCUUUGUUGCUUCUAUGUGAUCGGAAUACCAAUUGGAGCUUUACUUGGAUAUGUGGCUCAUCUUCAAGUGGAGGGUAUAUGGAUCGGAAUGAACCUUGGAGUUUUCACUCAGACGCUUGCACUUAGCUACAUGGCAUGGAAAACAGAUUGGGACAAACAGGUCAAGAUAGCUUCAGAGCGGCUCGAAAAAUUUUACCUGAAAUCUUCUGAAGAGCCAAAUCAUAAAAACGGACACGCUUGA